AAUAUAAUCCAUAUACGUGGCUAAUCCAUUAGCACCAACCCCUUCUUGACAUGAAAUCUAUUAAUUCUCCACCACCACUACCUUACCUUUUUAAAUCCACAUCUACAAUCCAUUUUAAUUUACAAGCACUUCAUUCUCACUCUCACUGCUAAUCGAUCUCAUUGUGCUUCUUUUGAAUUGUAUAUAUAGUUAAUCUAUAUCAUCACCAUGUUAGAAGGCAAGGCAGUGAUUGGUGAGACCGACAUGCUUAAAACCAUGCAGCAAGAUGCACUUGAUUUAGCAUCAAAGGCACUUGAUUCCUUUGAUGUCACUGACGCCAUUGAGAUUGCUCGCUUUAUCAAGAAGGAAUUUGACAAGAGUCAUGGAAGUGGGUGGCAAUGCAUUGUAGGAACAGAUUUUGGUUCAUAUGUGACACAUUGUUAUGGAUGUUUCAUCUAUUUUGGAAUUGGAAGUUUGGCCAUUUUGCUCUUUAGGGGCUCUGCUGGUCCUGAGGCACAGGAAAAUCACUUCUCAGCACUAGAGGCAGCAAAACCAUAACAACUUUGUUUUCUUACUUCUAUUUUUAAUUUUUAUAUUGUUUCUUGGUCAUUACUUUUAUAAAUUUCUUUUCUAAUGUGCUGUUGAAGAUUCUGGAGAUGAAAAUUCUUGUAGUAGUUUACUAAAAUCAUCAGUUAGCCAAAUUUAGAUAUAG